UCCAGCCUGGAAGCCGUCUGCUGCUCCACCAGUGAUGGCAGCGCUGACGUGAGGCCACCAACAAAGUUCCUCCAUAGUCAUAAACAUGAGACUUUUACUACUCCUCUUGCUUCUUACUGGGAUUAUUGGCGUUAGUUCCCGAGCGCAAGAAUACGAAGAUAAUGAUUUUGCUGAAUUUGAAGUAUUUGAAGAGGAGGAUGAAAUAAUUGAAGAAGGGAUUGAAGGAAAUGAAGAAGGGUUGCCUCGCAGUGCAGGGAGGCAAGAUGGUGGUGAUGAAACUUCUGGUGGAUUGCGAAUGGAUGUGGAAGAUGAGGAAGAAGCAGUUGUAGAGGAUGAAGAUGAGAAUGAUGAAUUUAGUCAUUUUCAUGAUGAAGAAGAGUUUAUUGGGUUUGACAGUGAGAGACCUCAGGGGGCUCGUGUGCCCAAGUCACAAGAGGAACCAAAGAUUACCAUUGCUAAUGUUCCACUUCAUCUUCGGAGCAAUUGGGACAGUUUCUAUCUAGAGAUGUUAAUGAUUGCUGGACUGGUUGUUUAUUUCAUCAACUUCAUUGUUGGUAAAUCCAAGAACCAGAAGUUGGCUAAUGCUUGGUAUAAUUCCCACAAGAAUCUUCUUGAACAGAAUUUUGCCCUUGUUGGUGAUGAUGGGAAACAAAGUGUAGAGAACAGUGGUCUGCAGAAGGAGUCUGAGAAUGUUUACACUCUCUGGUGCUCUGGGCGCACCAGCGUGGAGGGAAUGCUUGUUGAAUUAAAAUUUAUUAAGAGACAAGACAUGAUUGGUGUGGUGUCCCAGUUGAUCCGUCCUUCUAGUGACCAGCUGCUGGUGAAGGUCCAUCUUGAUGAAAUGGAUGCCUUUGUGUUUGCUCUUGCCACAAAGAAAACAGCUGCAAGACUAUCAAAGGAGAUGACUGACAUUAGUACGUUUUGUCCCGAGAAGAAGUCGGCGGACAAGUUUGGUCUGGGCUCUCAGUUUGUUAUCAUGAACGAGCUCGGUGAAGUGGCAUCAACUGUGCUGGGUGACCCCAAAGUUACAGCGGUGCUCAAUAAAUUUUCUGGGAUGAUUGACUUCUUCCAUUUCUCAGAUCAGUAUUCAGGACCAAAGCAACCAGAAGGAACUGAGGGCAGGGACACUCAACCAACCAAACUGCCAGAGGUGCGCAGGUCCUUAGUGUUUGGCUUUAACUUCCCUGGACGUGGCAACCCCUCCAUGGAUGCUAUUGAGAGUAUGAAACCUCUGCUACAACUAGUAUUUCACUUGACUGACAAAUUGCGCAGGUUCAAGCUCAGCAAGGAGGGCAAAUCAAAGGCAGAGAAGAAUCGCUCCCGUGUUGAGGAGGCCUUCCUUAAGGCUACCCAUGCUGCUCGGGCAGAGAUGGCUCAGGCUAAGAGAGAGGAACGCAAGAGAAUGGAGCGUGAGAAGAUGCUUGAGAUUGACGACCCAGACAAACAGCGUAAAUGGGAAGAACGUGAGCAGCGGCGGCAAAUGAAGCGACGCGCACCCAAGAUGAAGCAACUCAAGACCUCCUAAGAUGAUGCGGUGUGUGCGGAAAAGUACAAGCAAUGUAUUUGUUGUAAAGAUCAUUAAAGUAUCGUCUCAAAUCAUUCUUAUUCAUUGUCUAUAAUGUCUCAUCGGGUGUGAUAUAACUUUUGGUGUGCCGUCCCUGUCACUUGUGUGCAUCAUACACUGACAGAGGUCUUUGAAUUACCCUAAUUUUCCAUCUAAGAAUGGUACAUGAGUGACGACUUUGUUUCAAGAGUCGUCUACCGAGAAUUUAUUAAUCAUUAUACAGUAUUAUAGAUUUGUACACUUAUUAGGGUCCAUUUGUUCACUUGUCAGUACAGUAGUAUUAGUAUGGAGAGAUUUUUAUUCGGUAAUUGAUCUCUUAAAAAUGAUAAUCUGGCCUUAAGUUGUUCAUACCUGUGAUACAUUUAGUAGUGUGUGUGUGUGUGUGUGUGUACAGUUGCCCACAAAGGUCCUGUCGUCUGUUCUCCUUAACCACAAACCCUAAGAUUUGGACUCAUGAAUCUGAAACAUUUAUGGACAGAAUAGUGCAUCGAUCUCUACUGCUUCUGGUUCAUAAUUCUGAUUCUCGGGGGUUCAUGGUUCAGGAGGAGAGAGAACAGGAUUUCUGUGGGUGACUGUACAUUGUUGCUGCUUCAGUUGUUGGUUACUAAUGACUAUGUAACUCUUAUCCUAUUUUAUUUUAUUUUUUGUCUUAAGAUCCAUUAUUGAUAAAUAUAAUGCCAAUGUGAAUUAAUAUAUGGAUAGUUGUGAUAGUUAUUACAAUAGUUUCAAGAAACUUUUGUUUAUUCUGAAUACUAUUACUCAAAUUUUAAAUAACUAUCUUUUAUUUGGGAGAUAUUCAAGUCCUUGUAUGAUGGGAAGGUUGCUUCUACUGGUCUUGUUCAGUAUUAGUGUCUUCGAAAUAACAUUGUCAACACUGCUUUUUAAGACUUACAUAUUUAGUCAAUUAUUUGUAAGAUAGAUAUGAUAGUGUAAUUAUUGUGUUGAUAAUUACCAAGCUGUACAUUAGUUAAUGGCUUUGAUGGUCUCUUUGCCCCAUUGAAGAUUUUUAAAGACCAAUUGGAAAUA